GCCUCGCCGGCCACUCUCAAGAUCCCCCGUCCCCGUCCCUCUUCAGAGGUCAAUUGAACCACCACCCACACCACGUAUGUCCACCUACCCACCUAAUACCUAAAUCUCAUACUCCCAAUUCCCAAUUCCCUAUCCCACCACCACUAACCUCUAAAUUCUAACAAACUAACAUCGCCAGACAGCAGAGCAAAAUGUCCGCCCCAACACCCGCCUUCUUCGCCGGCCCCCUGCGAUACUGCCGCUGGGCCGCCCGCGAGCGCCCCGCCUACUUCUGGUCCGUCGUCAUCGGCGCCGCCGGCCCCCUAAUGCUAGCCACCGUCCCGCCCGCCAUGAAGCGCCUGGGCUACGAGCGCUCCCCGCCCAUCCCCUUGACGUAUCCCGUUCCUACCGGCCCGCGAAAGACGUUAACUGGCUACGACGACUGAGCGCUAUACACACCUAGUAUCACACCUAGUAUCUACGGCACAUACCUAGGAAUAGGACAUGAGCAUAGUAGGACCGUGGAUCGAUAGGCGGAUCUACAUGUAUAUAUCAAAAUUAAAACCACCCUCCAAGCGCCUCACGUCGUCGGACCUCGGGGCAAGGUAUGAAGACGGGGCUAUGCGGAAAGGCCUCAAGGGGGGAACGUAUUAAAAAGAGUAAUCAAUCAAGUCAAAAGAAUUAUCAUCUAGUUCAGUUCAGUUCAGUUCAGUUCAUUUCAUCG